CGCUUAACUCUUUGAUAUUGAACCUGUUUGAAUGAUUUUAAUUAAUGAACAUGUUAAGACAUGUCGGCGUCAUCAGAGACAUGACGCAGAAGCAGCUCCGUUAGCUUUCUCUGUUAGCAUUGUUAGCUUUCUCUGCCGGCGCUGUUAGCUCACUGCUAGCAUGUUAGCCCGUUAUUUAUGUUCUGUUUACGGAUUUAUUUAUCACUAAUACGUCUAUUCUUGCAAACGGGUGUCGGCUUCUUCCAAACAGACACAAACAUCUGAGGUUACUUGCUCUGUGAUGUCAUGGUGAUGUCAUCGGUAAGCCAGCGGUACCGUGACAUCAGUCCUGUGACACUGCAGGUGGUGGGCGGGGCUGUGAGCUCCAGUCUGUACUGUGGAGAGGUUGAGGGGCUGUCGGGGGGGCUCGUGGAGGCCUUCCUGGUGGAGUUUUAUCGCUGUAAACUCUGUCAAUUCACCUGUGGCCUGAAGUCCUCCAUCAGCAGCCACCUGCUGUACAGGCACCGCCCCCCCACCCUUGCAUACCUGGAUGGGGCCAACCGAGCAGUCAGGCCUGAGGACCGAGAGGAGUCAGGGCUCCAGAGGGGGGCGUCAGCCUACCAGCUGGACCUGAACACGGAGUCAAAGCAGAGCGACGAGGAUGAAGACUUCCUGCUCUACAACAUGCUGGACAACAUGAGCCCGCCCACAUGUCACAUCAGCAGUGAGGGGGGGCUGCAGGUUGCGCACACCUGUGAGGUGAGCACUCUGUUUGAGGAGGAGGAGUCCUCCAUCUUCCCUCUGAAGGAGGCAUCAGUGGAUCUGUCCUGUCCCAUCAACACCCCCACCACCCAGGAGGAGAUGGCACAGUCUGCUCACCUCAUGUCUCUGGGACUGUGUCGCAUCUCAGCCCACAAACCUCCUCCUUCUCUUCCUGCUCCUGCUCCUCCUCAUCAUUCCAACACCUCCCCACGCAUCCUCCCUCCUCCUGAUGACUCCCCCGUCCUGUCUCAGUCCAGCAGCCUGCCGCAGAGCAAUACAUCCCGGCAGCUGAUGACUUCCCCCUCUAGGCUGCUGUGCCUCCUGUGUCCCCUGACGCUCCCGACCAGGCGGCUGCUGGAUGUUCACGUCCGGUCCCACCGGGGGUCUGGUGGGUUCAGCUGUGUCUGCUGCAGCUGGACAGCCGACAGCUGGGAGGAGCUGGAGCCUCACUGGAGGAGCCACAGCAGGAAGAGGAGAAGGAGGAGUAGGAGAGAGGAGCAGGAACAGGAGGAGGAGGAGAAGAAGAAGAAGAAGAAGAAGAAGAAGAAGAAGGCAGCCUCGAGGUUGUUCGGCUGUCGUAGCGUUCAACAACAAACUCACAGCGCCUGUGAUCAGCGUUGCCACGGCACCCUCUCAGACAGGUGGAGGCACCGGCUGAUUGGACGAGCAGGAAGGAAGGACGCAGCCUGCACAGACAGCAGGUGUGAAGUUAGUUCACUGAAGAGCGUCACAGAGAUGCAGAAAAAAACAAGACAACAGAAAACAGAAGAAGAAGAGAAGGAGGGCUUCUGCUGCUCUCUGUGUCACAGGAAGUUCUCCACCAAACUGACACUGAAGCGCCACCUGGGUGUCCACGGAGGAGAGAAACCGUUCACCUGUCCACACUGUUCCUACAGCAGCAGACUGAAGGCCUCACUGCUGCAACACCUGAGGACACACACAGGUGAGAAGCCGUACAGGUGUGAUCAGUGUUCGUAUGCUUCUAUAGACCGCAGCUCUCUGCUCAGACACGGCAGAACUCACAGUCAGGAGAAACCAUACAGGUGUCAACACUGUGACUACUGCAGUAUCCAGAAGAAGAGUUUGGACCUUCACGCUCGCCGUCAUCACACUGGUGAGGCCUUUCCAUGCCAACAGUGCAAGUAUUCGAGUCCAGAUCGUCAGCUUCUGCUGAGACACAUCCGCAGACACCACGCCUCCUCCCAGCAUGCCACGCUGUGACCUCACAGUUGAUCAGACACCCUAUUUGGACUGUUAGUUGGCGGGUCCACUUUGUCCCGUUUGAUGAUGUCACAGACUGUUUGUUAUUGAUAUCUGGUGGUUGGAUUUUUGUUAUUAAAGUAAAAAAAAAAAAAAGAAA